AUGGCAACAGGAAACAUCUCAGAUACAGCGGAAUUCCUGCUCCUGGGACUCUCACAGGAUCCAGAACUGCAGCCCCUUCUCUUUGGGAUUUUCCUGACCAUAUACCUGAUCACUGCAGCUGGGAACCUGCUCAUCAUCCUGGCGAUCAUCUUUGACUCUCACCUCCACACCCCCAUGUACUUCUUCCUCUCCAACCUGUCCUUCACUGACUUCUGUUUCAGCACCACCACAGUCCCCAAGAUGUUGAUGAACAUCCAGACCCAGAACAAAUCCAUCAGUUACACAGGAUGCCUCACUCAGCUAUGCUUUGUCCUGGCUUUUGCGGGCCUGGAAAAUGAAAUUCUGGUAAUGAUGGCUUUUGAUAGAUUUGUGGCCAUCUGCUACCCACUACGAUACGCAACUAUCAUGAACACCAGAGUCUGUGGUCUUCUGGUUCUCUUGUCCUUCCUCAUUAGUUUUCUGGAUGCCAUUCUCCACACUCUGAUGACCUUGCGAUUGUCUUUUUGUACAAAUAUUCAAAUCCCUCACUACUUUUGUGAACUAGCUCAUGUUCUCAAGCUUGCUUGUUCGGAUAACCUCAUCAACAACAUCUUGAUUUAUGUAGUGACCAGUAUUUUUGGUGUUAUUCCUCUUUGCGGGAUUAUUUAUUCUUAUACCCAAAUUGUCUCCUCUGUCUUGAAAAUCCCAUCAACUAGUGGAAAAUAUAAGGCUUUUUCCAUCUCAGGGUCACACUUAAUAGUUGUUUGCUUAUUCUAUGGGACAGGUUUUGGGGUGUACUUUAGUUCCUCAGGUAGCCACUCCUCUCCGAAGAGUGCAAUAGCCUCCGUAAUGUACACUGUGGUCACCCCGAUGAUGAACCCUUUUAUCUACAGUCUCAGGAACAAGGACAUGAUGGAGGCUCUGAGGAAACUCCUCUCUAGAACACUUUCUUUCCACUGA